CUCGAUAUCCGCGAAAAGUAGUAUUUUGUGACGUGCUGGUAUAAACUGUAAGUUGUGUUUUUUGCAGCUAUAGUAGAGCACGAGAAGAGUUUAGAAUGCCCGUGUCGAAGCGAAAUCGCGUCAUUUCGUUGACCCAGGCCAAAAAGAAAGGUCUCGAACAUAAAGAGAAAUUCAUAAACGAAGUUCGCGACCUCCUCAAUCAGUAUGAGUCCUUAUAUAUAUUCUCUGUUGAGAAUAUGCGGAAUAAUAAAUUAAAGGAUGUUCGUGAAGAGUGGAAGGGCACCUCUAAACUGAUCAUGGGAAAGAAUAAGGUUUUACGAAUCGCCCUCGGCCGCAAUGCCGAAAACGAGAUUGCUGUUAACAUACACAAGGUUUCGGAGCGCCUGAUAGGCCAGUGUGGUUUAUUACUGACGUCAGAGUGUGAGGAUGAAGUAAUUGAGUGGUUUGAAUCUUAUCGUGAACCACACUAUGCUCGUGCGGGUUUUGUCGCCACUUCGACUGUUGUACUGAAAGAAGAUGACUUAAGCGAGUUCGUUCAUUCGAUGGAACCGCAAUUUCGGCGGCUUGGCCUUCCCACGAAGCUAGUAAACGGCAAGAUUAAACUACUUAAAGAUUUUACAGUAUGCUCUGAGGGGGACACGCUUAGUCCAGAAAUGGCCGACGUCCUUAAACAUGUUGGCAUCCAAAUGGCUGAAUUCCAUGUGACUCUCGAAUUUGUUUGGCGAAAAGAUGGUACCUUCAAAGUUCUCCAUGAGAAUGAGGAGCGUAGUUCAGCCGAGGUGAAGAAGUCCAAGGCUAAACAUAACAAAGCAAAAAGAUUUAAGAAAUCCCAUUUUGUUCCCAAUAACAAUAAUGAUGACGGCCAAGAAGAUCAUCAUAUGGAACAAGAUUUCGACGGCGAUUAUGAUGAUGAUGAGAGCAACAACAGCGACGAGGAAAAUGGCUCAGAAGAGGGUGAUGAAGUGGCAGAAGAAGAAAUUUUCGUACAAAAGAAGAGCAAAGAUCAACAGAAAGAAAACCGGUUAACUAAAAAGGCCAAGCGGACUAUGGGUAGAAAAGUAAAGGAGGUUGUCGAAAAAAAAGAAGAUGACAAGUCGAUGGAAGAAGAAAAGCAUGUCGCUUCACUUACCCCAAGAAGAAGCACUCGAUGGCCGAUGAAGGUCAAAAAAAAUAAAAGCGAAACUUCCGUGUGAAAUAUA